AUGGAUGAAAUCAUCACGCGUUGGGCAGCAGACCUAUCAAAAUACCAGAAGGAGUUCCAGGCUCAAGCCGAGCAGGUGGCCUCAUGGGACAGAGCAUUGGUCGAGAACUCUGACAAGGUCCGACAACUGUACUCGAAGACUUUCCAGGCAGAGCGUGAUGCCGCCGAAGUUGAGAGACAGCUGACUAUGAUGGAAGAGAACCAGCAAGAACUGGACUCUUACCUCGACCGCUAUGAGAAGGAAAUUGACAACCUCAUGAAGAUGCAUGGUGUCAGCGGCAAGAACGAGAGCCUGCGAGGCCCAGACCAGGAGCGUGAGAGAACUUACAAACUCGCAGAAAAACUUCAAGACCGCCUCAACGAACUAAACAAAGAUCUCACAGAAAUGAUUGAGGAAAUAAACAGCACUUCCCAGACCCUCAGCAAGACUGGCAAACCAGACGAUCCCCUCACAAAGGUCGUCCGCGUCCUCAACACGCAGCUCUCACAGCUCCAGCUUAUCGACUCCGGUGCCUCGCAGCUCCAGGAGAAGAUUGCAAAGGCCCAGCGUGAGACGCAGCGUGUGGGUGCUAAUGGCUGGAAUGGACUGGGUUCGGACCCUUCUGCUGAUUUCAUGAACAGCAUGCGUGGAGGUAGGUCGACGCAGCGGUUUGGUGGUGUGUCGUAG